AUGAUUAAAAAUAUAAGAUCUAAAAUAGAUCUGACAGAAAUACGUAAAGAAACGUUGAUAGAAAGAGUAUUCAAAUUGAUUGCUAUAUUGAUGGUAAUAGUUUUUCCUGUCGCUUUGGUGUUCUGUUUUCGGGUUGUAAAACAAUAUAAAAGGGCGGUUAUUUUACGCUUUGGUAGAGUAAGAGAUGACUCUCCAGUUGGUCCUGGUAUAAUUUGGGUCGUUCCAUGUACUGACAACAUUGUAUUUAUAGAUAUGAGAACUCAAUCUUUUAACUUGGCUCCACAGGAAAUCUUAACAAAAGACUUGGUGACAGUUCACGUUGAUGCUGUCGUAUACUUUCACGUCAUGAAUCCACUUUGCAGUCUGCUUAACGUCCAAUCACACAAAAAAGCUACUGAACUUCUCUCAGUGGCACUUUUAAGAAAUAUUUUAGGACAAUUUACGCUCUCCGACUUACUUUCGAAUCGAUUUAAAAUAAGUGAUGCCCUUCGUAAAGAAAUCGAUAAGGGAACGAUGGAGUGGGGCGUCGAAGUUGAAAGAGUUGAAAUUAAAGAUGUGAUACUGCCCUUUGAAUUGCAAAAGGCAAUGGCAGCAGAAGCGGAAGGAUCGCGAAUCGCUAAAUCCAAAAUAAUAGAGGCAGAAGGAGAGAUCAAAGCCGCAGAAAAUCUUAGAGAUGCUUCAAAAAUCAUGAUGGAGAAUCCUAAAGCCAUGCUGCUCAGAUAUUUGCAAGCUUUGAGUACAAUUGCAUCCCAACAAAGGAAUACAAUUAUAUUUCCAUUCCCAAUUGAAAUUCCAAGGCAAUAA